GGGCACGCUUCGCUUCAUCUACUUAACUUCCAACAACUGACACCCAACUUGUGAAUUGUCCAUAUCAUAAUACACCUGGCAAGCAAGUAAGGUAAUUCAUCUCGGCAACUAUUCUACUACUGCCAUCGCACCUUUACUAGUCAUCUAGUUAUCCGAAGUUAAUAGGCAUCUUCAAGCGGUGUAAGUAAGUAUUGAUAUGUCCAAUGGAUUACCAACUUCGAGAUGCCUUCAUCAACACCGCCAUUAUGUCUGACAACGUUUGCUCCACCAUUAUCUACGCCGCUCUUCUCGGCUGUCAAGCCGGAGGAUACUCCUACUUCGCCGCAUUCGUCAACAACGAACUCGUUCCCUAUUUUGUCCAGAAGGGCAUGGAAUCGGAUGCCAAGGAUGCACAUGAAGUCUUCGUCUAUCUUCUCGUCUCAGCCAUCCUCAUUUGGAUCAUGUUCCUGCUCAUGGCAAUCUGUCCAUGCGUCACCGGCUACAAGACCGACGGCUCCCAGUCUGGAUCUAAGCUUACACUCAUUAUGAAGCUUCCUCAACUUGUGGCCAGCAUCGUCCUCCUGGUAUUUGCCUGCCUAACAGCGCAGCAUUCAUGGAACUGGUGGAUCUACUUCAACGCGACCGAUCUCGAGCACUUAGCCUCUAACUGUCACGGAAUAGCGGCUAUGGUUAUUACAUCUCUUGUCUUGGGUGGAGUCUACAUUGUAAUGAUAGCUGGCGUGGCGAUCGGACUUCUGACCUGUCUUCGGGAGUAAUCAUGGACGAUACGACUAAGAGUACCAGAGUGAUUGGCUGGCAACAGGGAAUUGGGCAAGAAUGUGCUGGUUUAGACAACUGCUUUAGGGAGGAUGUUAGGGGAGGAUAUUGACGGUUGAGGGGAUGUACCUAGGGUUAUCUAAACGGGGGUUUAAGCCAAUAGCACUCCACAGUACCCUAAAGUUUGUUAUUGAAAUAUCCCCUCUGUUACAAGUGUUGAACUUCGGAAAUUCGUCUCAAAGGAUAGAAAUUUGUAAUUGUUGGCUCCAAAGGUUGACGUUGAAGGUAUUAGUCAGCGCUCGCAGUUGAAGGCUUGCA